UGCUUUGGUAAGAAAGAUUGCAAGGACAGGCUUUUAAUGAAAGAUCAUUUAUUGAUAAACAAUAUAAUUAGCAGCAGUGGGUAAUACAAAAAUGUAACUAGGCUAUGAAACUGUGUUGAUGAACUUUGGUGUCUGCCCUUAAAUCUUUUUUCUGCUGGUCUUUCACCAUAUACAACCCCGGAGAUCUGGAUUUUCAACAAUGGCAGAAGAUUUUAGGGAUUGACAUAAUUUGGAUAUGCAGGAGAUCAAGAAAAGUAGUGCUAAUGUAAGAACUAAAUUCUGACCGUUGAAUGGUGGAGCAAGCACGAGGGACUUGAUGUUUGUAGCAAUUCAAGAAGGCAGGAAGCUACGCUUCAGAAGGAUGAGUUCAUCUGCUUCACGUGAGCUACAGUGUCCACAGGUAUUUGGCCGUUCCAUAUCUCAGGAAUCUGUGGAGAGCUCCUCAAUGGAGGACUUCUGGAGCGAAGUGAGAAGUAUUAAGGAGAGCAGACAGAAUGGACAAGAGGAACAGACACUAGUGGAAGUCAAGCCAUCUGAAGAAGGGGAAAUGGAAGCAGAGUGGCUUCAGGAGGUGGGAUUAUCCACUCUUGUCUCGGGUGCUGCUGGAGAGGAUGGGAUGGCUCUGCUGUCCACCUUGACCCGGGCUCAGGCCGCAGCUGUCCAGCGCCGACUGGACACCUACACUCAGACCACGAGGAGAAGGAGCAAGCAGCCGGUCCGAGAUGUUCGAGACGUAUUUGGUCUUACUGACCCUCCAGCCAGAAUUGAGUUCAUGGCACCUGAGUCUUCACCUACUUCCAAUGGUGUUCAACAGGCAGAGGAAAAAACAUCUUGGGAUCCCACAAAAGGAGACAUCAAAAAUCGUGAAAUUGAAAGCCAGCAAAGCAACACUGAAGAAACAGAGGACCUGAAGUGGGACAUCCCCUAUUCAGAGUCUCUGAUGGCAGCUCAGAAGGUACAGGAAACCAGAACCAAUUGUCCAAAGAAGCCCAACAGCACAACACUACCUAAAUUCACCAUUCCGAAAGACAGACUGGGGGUAACACGGAUUGGGGAUCUGUCCUGUCAAGAUAUGAAAAAGAUCCACAACCUUGCUUUAAUAGAGAUAACAACUUUUUAUGAUGCACUGGGACUAGAGCUGAAGAGGAACAGGCCAGUGAGGGUUAAGGCAAAGGAAACUGGUCUCUUUGGUGUUCCUCUCACAACAUUGCUUGAAAAUGAUCAGAAGAAAGUUCCAGGAACAAAAAUUCCUCUCAUCUUUCAAAAACUUUUGUCAAGAAUGGAGGAAACUGGCUUAGAUGCUGAGGGAAUUCUGCGAGUACCUGGAUCUACUUCACGGAUGAAGAAUUAUCGCCAAGAGCUGGAGGCAAAAUUUUACGAAUCCUUUGACUGGGAACAAGUCCAUCAUAAUGAUGUAGCCUGUUUACUAAAGACCUUCAUCCGAGAACUGCCCUACCCACUGCUCACAGCUGAGUAUCUGCCUGCUUUUGCAGCUGUGCAAUAUAUCUCACAGACGAAGCUGCAGUUACAGGCCCUGCACCUUAUCAUCAUGUUGCUGCCUGACCCCAACAGAGACAUUAUUAAGGCUUUCUUGGAAUUUCUCAGCAAAGUCGUAGCUAAUGAAGCAAAAAACAGAAUGAGCUUGUGGAAUGUUUCCAUGAUUGUUGCACCAAACCUCUUCAUGUGUAAAGGGAGAACUGGAAACCAUCAAGAGGCAGAAGCAGCCACCAAGGCAGCCAAUAUUGUCCAGUUACUUAUAAAAUACCAGGACAUCCUGUGGACGAUUCCUUCCUUUAUGAUAGCCCAAGUGCGGAAGAUGAACGAAAGCGAGAGCAGGAGACGGACAAAAGUGACGUGGCUGACUCCGCCUUCAUUUUUUUUCCCUCCUGCCUUCAAGGGAAACUGCUCACCCCCAUCUGGGAGCUCUCCCCGAGGUCGGAAUAGAAACCAGGAACCUGCCAUGUGGGACAUGACAGGUGUGAACUUAAGCCCAAGUACUCUGGGGCACAGCUUUAAGCUGGACAUACCAGAGGGAGUUAUUCGCGUUUACGCCACAAAGCUCUCAAAGGUUUCCAUGGCCAUUCAGCUGGACAGUGAGACCAAAGCAAGUGAUAUUUUGGCUAGGUUUCACUGUGAAAACAGCACAAAUUCCACAGUGCCUCUCAAUGGACAGAGCAAUUAUUUGUUCGAAAUUGGUGGAAAUAUAGGAGAGCGCUGCCUGGACCUCAACACAUACAUUCUAGACUUGUACCAUUUAAAUCCCAAUGCAACUUGGGUCAUUAAACCCAGAACACUGUAAGGUUAUUUGCUGAAGAGUGAAGGAGCAUUGAAGAAUCCUGAAGCAGCAGAGUGGUGAAUUUAACUGUUGGGAUUUCCGAGAACAAUGGUGGUUUAUAAUGGAGCCUUUGCAUCUUAAGGCUUUCAGCUGUUGUUACUGGUACAGAUUCUGCAUUGGAAGGUGAUCAUUUUGGUAGUCACCAUCUUACUCAUCUGAUUAAGGCAUUUCAUGCAGCUGCAUUGUCAUUCAGUUGGGUAUUCAGAGCACCAACAAGACUCCCAUCAUCUGGACGCUUCCUCAAGCACCUCAGCAUGUUGGAAUCAGUCGAAUGUUUGUGCGUGACCUAAAAUGAACAACUUGCAGUAACUCAUCUGGGGGUGUUUAUGAAACAAGUCGGCAUGCCAGACAGAAACAUUAAGGAUAUGGUCUGGAAGGAAUGUGCAUUUUAAACAAUUGCAGCAUUUAAGCAGACUACACAUUCGGAAUGAGCCACAGGCAUAACCAAUCAUGUUUUACUUUGCUUUUUUUUAGGGUGGGGAGGGUGGUAGUAUAGGGAAGUAAUGAUUGUGCCGUCAAAGUUCAUGGACACAGAAUGGAGAGCAGCCAAAGAAUCAACAAGGAUAUAUUUUUUUCUACAAAAUCUAUUCCGAAGUGAAUGGAAACUGUGCCAAAUUCCGUAGAUCUGAUAAGACGGGAAGUUGUUACAUAAAGAGGAUGAUAGCUGCACCUGCACAAAAACGGAAUUCCUGUUGGCACAUGACCCUGAGCUGAGUUACAAAUCAGCCUGGAAUUUUGUUUUGCAAUAAACUAAAUGCCAGACUUUCAAACAUGGUUCUCAUGGAGCCUGUGUAUAUACAGAGAGAUGAGUUGUGGACACAGCAAGCAAACAAGGCCUCAGACCCUCUGGAAAUAAAACCCUGUUAUGCUUUUUUUAAAAAUCUGUAGGAAGCUGAUUUUCAAGAUGGAGGAAGACAUCACUGUGUAACCUAAUCUCUAUUGGGCAGUGCCUGUUGACUGUGUGCUAUUGGUACUUUGGCUGGAAUUUGAUAUCUCCUGAGGAACUAGUCUCCUGUGAUAUUGUGUGCUAUUAGCAGAAAGUGAGGCAAUAUGUGAAGAUAACUCAUUGGCCUACUCUGUGAUUGAGUACCUCUGGUCAUCUUCAUACAUCCUGAGCUAAUGAGUACGGAGCUGGGUCACAGGUCAGCCACUGGCUCAUAGACCGGUUUGACAGAAUCGAAGGGCUGAAUGAUCACCUCCUGUUCAGAUAUUAGUCUGCAGUUAAGCUCAUUAGAUUGUUCUGGUGCUUUAACAUAACUGCUGGAUCACUUCAACACUGCUGUGCUGUUCAGAGAGCCCAUCUGUACAUGAAAGUUGCUGGCAGAUUCUUGGGGUCUUUCUCUGACUUGCGAAAAUUGAGCACAUUUUUUGGUUGGGUGGGGGUGGGGGGAGUCGGGUAUAUUUGACUUCCACUAAUUUCUCAGCCUCCUAGAAAAAAUGUAGUUUGCUUUUUUAAAAAUUCAGUUAUGCAAGAGUUUUCUUAGCCUAUUCUUCAUUGGAUAGUGCUUAUUAAUGACUUAAUCAUGUUAGCAGCAAGUAAUCCUAUUCCUCUCGGGUGCGGUGGAAGAAAUCCUAUCAGUUACAUGUACCACAGUAAAACCAUUAACUAUGCUGUACAACUGACUAAACUUCCUGUUUACAUAGAGUGUAUAUAUGUACAACUAGGAGGAAUACGUAGAGAGGGUCAUUUUGGUCUUUGUCAGUGUUAAUGGUUCACGAGAGCUUACUCCCACAGUGGCUCAUUUAACCCUUUCCACGUGGUCUUCUGCUUGAUCUGUGCAAUGCACUUUCAUUUGUUUCUUUAAGCAGAGUGCAUGAUGUAAUCGUAUUUAGAGCAGCAUACUCACAUUACAGGUCAUUUGUUGAAACUGCUUUUGGGAGAGUGCAAAUUGGGGAUUCUGGUGCACAUAACACACGUUCCAUUCACUUUAAUAUCAUCACCAGAUCUGGUUGACUUUUUAAGGUGUUAUUAUAUUACAGCCAUGAAAUCCAGACAUUACCUGUUUAAGGAUCUGGAAUCCUGGAUGAUCAAACAGCACAAAAAUAAACCUUUUGACCCAUUGAGUCCCCUCUGACCAUUUUACACUUAUUCCAUUUUAUUCUCCCCACACUCUAAUUAAUUGCCCUCAGAUUCUAUUCUAUCAUUCAUGACACACAUGUAGCUAUUUAGAAUGACUAAUUAACCACCAGUCUGCAUGGUUUUGGGCGUGGGUGAAAGCCAGAGGGCCUGGAAGGAACCCAUGCAUUCACAGGGGGAAUGUGCAAACUCCACACAAACAGCACCUGAGGUCAGGAUUAAACUCUCACUGAAGCUUGACACGGCACUUCUACCAGGUGUUCUACUGUACACCAUCUUUCUUCACCCCCCCCCCCCCAAAUUACAAUGUUUUAUGCUGUCUUAACUUGAGAAAAAAACUUGAGAAAUAGGACAUUUGGUGGGUGGACUUUCCUAACAGAGGCCAUCAUCUGCAGCCCUUUGUUGCCUCCACCUACUAACCCCAGGAUUCUGCUGUGAUUUCCACCCUACUCUCCUGUAUCUACCUAUCAUCCCACCUCUCCUGGAUCCACUUAUUGCUUGCUAGCUCAAGCUUCACCCUUCCUUCACCUUUUUAUACUGGCUAAAUCCCAUCUGUCUUUAGGUCCAGAUGGAGGGUUGCAUCCUGAAACAUUGACCGUCCCUUUUAACACCACAGGUGCUUCCUGACCUGCCAAGUUCCUCUGACAUCUUAUUUGCUGCUCCAGAUUGUAGCCUUUGUCUUCUCUUCAUUCUCUAUCUUUAAUACGUACUUUUGAGACUGGGAGUAUUGGCUAUCUAUUCUGAGUAAACAUGUCAAUUUCUUUUUGCACUUUCUUUCUCUUUCCUGUUGAGAAGCAACACAGUUAGUUAUGAGGUGAAAAUGAACUGCAUGCAUUAUAACUCUAAAAAUCUCACGUGUUGCUUAAGGCACUCAGUUCCUUGAGCGACAAUCAGUGACUGAUCUCUCAUCGAGAUGAUUGCUUCUUUGCCAUUUGUGGUUAUGAUUCGACUUGGAAAACCAAAGUUUAACGAGAUUCAGACAGUGCUGCAAAAUGGAAGGUCUGUUCCUUGGGAUACUUUGGAAAAUAAUUUCAAUGCUGAUUAAGGGGGAAGUAAACAUACAGGAGUCACAAUGUUAAAGGAAUGUUUUUAGUCUUCGGAAUGAAAUCUUAGAGUUUAAUCAGUAAUAUUAAAGAGUUCAAUUCUCUAUCUAGACUGUGAACAGUGUUACUAGAAAGGAAAAUAAAACACAUAGAGCUUCAUAGCAUAACGGAAUGCCAGUGGAUUAGCAUGUAUUGAUCUAUUCCGGCCUCCUAGAUAGCUGUUUUAAAUGAGUUUGGGUGAUUACAGCCUUGCCACUCACAAUACGGCUUGUUCAACGCGAACCCACCCUUCAGUCAGCGGUUAGCAGUGCUCUGAAAUGCCAUUUCUUUAUGACUCUUCUUUGACUGUUGUAAAAACAGUGGUCAUAAGUAUUUCAGAGAUGUUGGGCUAGGAUCCACUGAUAGGUCAGAGUAGCAUUAGAGAUUGACAGUGCCAUACCUCGCAUUGGUUUCCUUUGAGGUCUCUUGGUGCCUGGAAUGAAAAUGGUUCCCAUCUCACCAGUUGAGAAGAAGGACCAUCCAAAAACUAAUGAAGUGAAAAGGUCGAGUGAAUGGGGGAAAAUUCUCCUUGUUAACAGAUCUGGAUAAGUUUGUCCAGAGAACAUUUUGCUAACACUCCAAUUUACCUGCCUCCAGAAGGUUUAAUUAUGACUUUAAUUUUUAACACUACCGUAAGAGUUUAUAAAAACCCUCAUUAGUAAUAACUCCACUGCCAGAAGUGCAGUGGAAACUAUAGUGUAUUUAUAACCAUUUGUUUUUGUGUUUGAGAACAAUUUCCACUUUUAUAUGUUUAUUGUCGAUGCAAUUUUUAUAACAUUGUGUUUUCUGAAAUGUCUGUGCAAAGCUACCUCUGUUUAUUCACAUAUUUACUGAUUCCCGACAGAGUUGGGAUAAAUUGAGAGGGCUCUGGGGGGGAACAGGGUCCUUCAUGUUUAUCACACGAUCCUACAAAGUGACCCCCAGUGACCUGCAAAUAAUCCGCUUGUGUAGAGGCAUGAAGCCUCACUAUCUUUCCACCCUUUAUUGUACCAGCAAAGAUGGCAGCUAGAGUAGGGGUACAUAUGGGUCUAGAAGGCCUGCUUGUUUUUAAAUCAGAACAACUGGUUACCAUCAAAAUUAUAACAUGGCUCUUUGCCAUCAUGAAGGUAUGAGAAUCUCCUCUGCUGCAUUUAAGAAUAUAACUUUCAAUGUACCUGUAGCUCCUAAAAACAUUGAGGCUUGAAUGCAUGGCUCUAGACUAAUCAAACCUGGACUGACCUCCAAAAUUAGAGUUUAAUUUACACUUUUUGCUCUUAUCUAAUCAUAACUUCCCAUGUUGUUUGUUUCUUACUGCUGAUUUCUGGAACCAUGAAAUGUUAAUAUGUGGCAGAAGCUCAGUAUUCAGCAACUUCAUUACCUGGAUGGUAAUCUGGCAGUAUUGGCCCACCCAACUUUAGUUUCAUUGAAUUGAGAUGCCUCUACACAGGCAGUGGUUCCAUUCUGCUAGCUUAACUUCCGGAUGGAAGAUGAGUGAUCAAACUUGGGCCCCAUUGCUUCACCAAUGUGUUGUAUUGCCAACUGGCGCUGGGAGAACAAGGAUUGUUUUGUGUUUGUAAGGAUGAGGCACCCUCACCUGGUCGUUCCAUACAUUUCAAAGAAUCACGUAGUCAUCUGGAACAGAAACAGUCCAAAUUCAUUACCCAGCACAUUGCCCAUAGCAUUAUAUGGUUUAAUGGUUCAAGUGUUUGUCUAAAUUCCUGAAUAUUGUAAAUGUCACAGCUUCCGUCUCUCCCUCAGCCAGUCUGCAGCCACACAUUCUCUCUCAGAUCCUCUUUAAACCUUGUUGAGCCACUGCACCCUGGAAUUAGACACCAGUGCUAUAUGGAAAAGUUUCUUAAUAUCUACCCUAUAUAUGCCUGUCAUAAUAUUGAAUAAAUCAGUCAUGUUUGCUCUUUUUCCAUGGGGGGGUGGGGGGAAGGUCUAUCAAAAUUCACACAACUGAAAUACACCAUCCUAGGUAAUAUCUUGGUUAAUUGUCUCUCUAUCCUGUCUGAUGCAAUCAUCUCCUCUUAUGGUGUGGUGACCAGAAUGGCAUACAAUACUCCAGCAGUGGCCUAACCAAGGUUUUAUAUCAUUAUACUUUAACCUCCCUGCAUUUAAGUUUGAUGCUCCAUUUAAGGAAGGCAGGUAUCCUGUCCUGUUAUGAUUUCUCACAAUUACUUCAGUGGAAUCCCUUGAUCAGGAGACCUUUAUUGGAAAUUCUUCCUUCAGUUUUCACACCAAAUCAGGAAGAUACACAAUAAAGAUUUUCCAACAACAUAUGCCUGGACGGCUGUUUUCCAUGCUAAUAUAAAUACUCAAUUGGAUGCAGUUUUUUUUUCUGGAGGAUCAUGCACAAUUCACAAGGAGCUCUACAAGCAGCAGAUAGAGGAGAUUUUAAUACCAUCUGCUCUGUUUGAACCUGGUAGCUGAGGUGAAAAAUCAACUUCAACUCAUUCAAUACAGUUCUCAUGAAACCUGUGAUUUUUAAGAGGCUGUCAUCUUUGAAAGUCCAAUCAAGAUUUUUGGAUGGAAAACUCUGGCUUGCAAGCCAUAUAUUCUGACUGACAUUGAAUCUUUUAAUGAAUUAGCCCAUGAAACAUAGAGAGAAUCAUCACCUUGAAAUAUAAAUUAUUUCUGUUUGACUUUUUUAGAAAAUUCUGUUAUUCAUGUAUGUACCAAUGUUUCUUGAUAUGUGAUCUGAUUGUACAAUGGAUGAUACUGACAGUAGAUCAAUGCUACAUGAUGAGUGAUGAUGUAUAAAUUGGUAGGUGUUAUCCUGUAGAACCACUUGUAAUUCAUGGGGUAGCCUUUGAUUCAUCUGAGAUGAUGAUCUGAGCAGAAUAUCCUGUGUGUGUAUUCCUGUUCAGUGAGUGUAUGGAAGUAGAACACCACAAGUAUGCAAUGGUGCUUUUAAGCUGUGUCCAUAAUAAACCAAUCAUCAAUGGAAGGAAUGGUGAGCUUCUGAAUACUACUGAUAAGGCACAGAAGCAUUAUGAAUGUGUACAAAUGUAUAUUGUACUUUACCAAGUUCACGUUACAUACCAAUAAAAUUAUGAAAACAUUUUUAUACUUUCCAAAAUGUAACUCAGUUUUAGUAUAAGUACAUUUUGAAUAUGUAUAUAAUUGUUUGGAAAUCGUAGGUUUGGAUUUUAAUAAUAAUAGUACACCUUGCAAUCAUAUUUGCAUUGUUGUUGAAGUGAUUAUAUUUGGAUGCACUUAAGGGGAAGCAAGUCAAGUAAAUGGGGCAAUAAAGAAUAAAAAGGCCAUGAUAGUAAAGUUUCAUGAAGAUGAAUUGGGUUUAAAAACUGGUUAUGCUAUUAAUUCUGUGUAAAAUACCUUGCCUAUUUAUGAGACAUUCAGAUUGUCUGAAUUUCUCAGAUUCCAUACGCUAAAUCUCUUUAUAGCUAUGUAGCUUUAUGUUUGCAUCUAGUCUGUACCUGGCCCGAGUAUUUGCAUUCCCCCUUAUAAUUCCCUCUUUAACUUAUUCUCAACUCCCCUCAGAUUCUACUGCUCAUCUGCGCUCCAAGGACAGUUUGCAGUUGCCAGUCAACCUGCCAACCUGUGUGUUUUUUGGGGUCUGAGAGGUAAUCCUCAGGGUCAUGGAGAGAACUUGGUCACGUGGUGCUGAGAGGCUGCAGCUCUAUUAGCUGCACAACCCCAUUAACAGUGGUGAUAAUGGAGAGUAUUGCACAGAGACCUGGAUCAAAAUGGUAAGUCUCUGACUUUAUCCAUCAACCAUAACCCAUCCUUAAGCAGGAAAAGGCACCUUUUGCUACUUUGGCUCAGUGAUGAAGUAUUCCAUUGUCAUUGGUGUCAUUAAUGUCCCUUCUAUUGUUUUGGAAUCCUUAGAUUUAAACUGCCCAUCCUUUUCUCCUGACCUUUGGGAUUAGAACUGGUUUAUUAUUGUCUCCAUGUACGGUAAAAAGCUUGUCUUGCAUACCGUCCAUACAGAUCAAAUCAUUACACAGUACAUUAAGGUAACAAUAACAAUGCAGAAUAAAGUGCAUAAAACUUCUGAAAAAGUACAGUGCAUGUAAAUGAUGAAGUACAAAUGAUAGCGAUGUAGAUAGGCCUAGGCCUCAGGCUGCGGUGUCGCCUGUUUGCAGCCACCCAGAGGGAGGCAUCGGAGUUGGGCACUCCACUGGAGUGCCAGAGGUGGUGUGGUGCAGGGUCUAUGCUGGAGUCGAAACUGCCCCCUAAUGUUAGCUCAGCAGAAGACAAGCUUCAUUGUGUUCCACUGCAGACUGCUUCUACAUUCAUGGACUCUGGGACUUGGACUAUAUUUUUUUUGUCUAAAUAUAUUUUACUGCUAUCUUACAUGUGCCUUGUCCUGUGUAUGACUGUUGGUACUGUGUUUUCCACCUGGCCCCGGAGUAAUGCUGUAUUCAUGGAUAUUUAUGUAUGGCUGAAUGACAAUUAAACUUAAACUUGA